AAGUCUGAAAAAAAAAGGAAGAAAAAACUCAGCUGGACAGCGGAGGCAUCAGGAGAUAAAAACUGGCCCUCUGCCCCUGAUGACAAGCAUUCCCCUCCAGCACAGAAACCACAGCACAAAAAAACCACCAGCUUUCCAGCCCUCAAAUACCAACAUACCACGACCAUCGCGUUGUUGGCCUCUGCAGAUCCAUCACAUAUCGCGUCUGCUCCUUGCAGCCCUACUCGACUGCGCGCGUUCACCGCCCUCCGCCGCGCCCUGCCCUGAUUGGCUGCCCUGUCCACCGCCGCGGCUUUGACUCACAGGCAGAAGAAAGCGAGUCACGUCGGAUUGAGCUCAUCCAGCUCCCACCCAGACAUAUUACUACACCGACCAUGACUACUUCUUCACUGACUUCCUCGACUCCCUCCUCCUCUUCUCCCUCUCUCUCCUCCUUCAUCAUCACUCCCGUUCGCCGCAGACCGCAGCAGAAGAAGAUGAGCAUCACCCAGACUUACUAUCUCGCCCACACCGCCCGGAGCAAGCUCACCAAAGAGGCUGCCCGGGCGGACCACGACCUCCGCCUUCUCGUCGGACACGCCAACCUGCUCGAUUCGCUGAUGCUGGAACUGGCCGACGCAGAGCAGGAACAGGAGCGAUGGUUCAAUCAGACGGUCAGCGGUGCCGCCAAGGCCGCUGAGGAGAAGUCCUCCAAGCAUAUCCAGUGGGCUGACUCCGUCAUGGACGAGGCCAUCGUCGAGGACCCGGAGGAAGAUUGGGAUCCGGAAGACUUGUCCGAUCUCGACUCCGACAGUGAUGACGAUUCAGACUCCGAAUACGACGAAGAUGACUUCGUCGUCGACUCCGCUACCGCUACCGCGACUCCCUUCCGCCGGGCACCCUCUCCGGUGGCCAUCAUCACCGAGCAAGAAGUUGAUGAGGACGAGACCGACUCUGAUGACGACUAUAGCGAGGAGCACGAGACACUCACAUUGACGCGAGCGAGCUCGCGACAGUCACCACCUGAACUCUCCUCAGACUCGGACGAGGAAUCGGAAGACGAAUCCAUGCCUCCCUCUCCGGAGGCGCCCACCUUCGAUGCCUUCUCCGAAAAAGAGCAUCAAGCUGUGUCCGCUUUCUUCGACAACAAGCAGCCGGCUACAACAGAACUGCCGCUCUCUGAAUCUCCUGAAUCGGAUCUCUUCAACCCGGAAUACUACGUUCCUGCACAAGAUCAGGGUACGAUGAUCGAAGCUUACUAGCAGCACGCGCGCUGCUUCUGACGACCUUCAUCGAUGUACCAUACAAUGAUACCCCUGAUGAUUCUGAGAUACCGAUUUAUGAGCGAGCUAUUCUAGCAUUUCGGCAUGCAUGGCGUUGA